AUGGUCUCAGACGUCGAGUUGGACGGUGACGAGCCACAAGUUCUGCAAGUCGUGUCAGCGCCACCCGUACGCAGUGGUGGAGGCGAUGACGAGGCAGAACCUCGGCUCAAGCGACAGCGUCGAGUAAACAAGAGCGAGAAAGCCCGCAAAAAAUGCAUCACAUACUCUGUGAAAGCAGACUGCAUGCUCAUGAACGAGGUGGUUGGUGAUGACGGGAUCCUCGAGCUUCGUAACGCCUCGAAGACCGAGCGCGCUGAGCAAGAAGCUGUUUGCUGA